AUGCCAGGAACACCAUCGAGCCGCGGAUGCGACGGAUGUCGUAGGCAGAAGAAGAAAAACGACGACCAGAGCCUUGUUAAACGACGCCCCAGUAAUGAACAGACCCAGCUCUCAUCUUCGUUGGUUCACAUCCUUCAGACUGAGGAUGCCAGGUUUGACAUUCGAGCAUUCGGUGGGAAACUUAUCCCAGAAAUCGUAGCACAAAUUGGUUCUAGUCCAGCACUCGACUCUUGUGAUUCAAGAGUUGAUGCUUUGACGAGAUAUGGAGAGGCUUUAGCAGCAACCAGAAGUGCUAUACUUGAUCCGAAGGAGAAGAUCAUGAUGAAGAUGCAGGUUGUUUCAAUCAUGUUUGUUUGCCAUGUUAUGGCGAGCUUCUUGAACCCUCAGUUUGAGCUUGGUCCCUGGUUCUGGGAAGCGUGCCAUACAAUCGGCACUCCACGACCAGUAAAAUACCACCAAGGAAGCUUCCUGAGCCUAGAAUCUGGAACCAUGGGAGAAUUAUCUAUCUUGAUGCGCUCGCCAAAGAAGAACCUUCGUCAACUAAGAUCCAUCUACGACGUAAUGCAGUUCGAGAUGCCCAAGGUCCGACAACUCCUUGCACUAGCAACAAUAUCAACAGCAGCACCCAACGCACCGGCGAUGUCGAUACGGGUCUGUAGUUCAUACAGAGUAGCAUAUGGGAUUCUACUCGCCAUGACUGCGGUGAUUGGACAUACUUUACGCAUCUGGGAUACAGACUUGACGCUAGUGGGGAACUCACACGACUGCGUUGAUGAGUGUAUUGCUUUAGUAGAGCAGUGUGAAAGUGCUCGACCAUACGGUGCUAGCUUUGUGCCCGACUUUCUUACGAUGGUUUGGGCUGCAAGCACGGAUAGUUAUAGAAACGAUGAGAUGGCGGAGUACUUGGUUGAUUAUGAGAACGACUCUGUUGGGGCGGAUUUUAUGGGCCAGGCUAUGUCAAUAAGAGAAAGACUGUUUGCGAUGGAGGCAAGGGAGACGGCGGAGGAGGUGGAAGUCAUUCUUGACCCGGCGCUUGACGCUCUGGUGAAGGGUAAGGGGCCGGUGGUUAGCGUACAGGAGAUUCAACCAGCCGUCAGUGAGUGUGUUAUACUGUAA